CGCCCAAGGCGUUUUCCGUUUUCCCUUUAUUAAUUCCAAAUAUCUCAUUCGCAUUUUUUUUUCUUUAUCCUGAUUACCCAAUUUUCUCUUUGUUGCAGCUUCUUCUUUCGGAAUUGCAUUGUUCAUUAUGAAACUGUAUCAUGGUGCGCUAGGUUUAUUAUUGAUCAUUAUUCUGAGCCUUAAACUCGCCAUGCUGAGGGGUAUGCAGCUUACAGUGUCCUACAGUUUUAUCUUUCCGUGGACUGGCUGUCAAAGCCAAUUCACUGCUAAGCAACCAGCAACUUUUUCUGCUGAUCGCGCAAUCUCGUUGAAUAGCAAUGGUCAUCGCAUCCAUCAUCAAGAACCCUUGUCAGCCUCAAAGCCAACCACCAAAUACAUGACUUAUUUACCACAUGGUGAUUAUCGUAUGCAGCGAAGCGCUCUACAUAACGCAUUGAUGAUCGCUGCGUAUACCAAUCGAACUUUAAUUGUUCCUACACUCUAUCUCGCCGAUAUCCCCAUUCCGUGGGCACCUUUUGACCAGUUACAACGUAUGCAACCGUCUCACAUGCAGCAUGCUCAGUGCUUUGAUCCAUUCAGUAUCGAUGAUGAAAAUAACGAUUAUCGCGAAAUCCUUUGGUCCUCCCUUGUCGAUCUUUCCUCUCUGGGUAUCCCAUAUAUCGAACAGACAUGCAUCCAUCGCCUGCAAUUACCGUCAGUCAACGUUUUCACGUUCUUGAAUGAUACGGCUGAAUCACGCUUUCAUUACAGAUUAUUCGAUGCUGAGAUGGAAAUAGAUCAAUACAACGCUCAUUUGGGAAAAUAUCGCUCAGCAAUGCCAUUAUCGACAUUGCAGCACGCUCGGGACGAUAAUUUAGCUUUCGGCGCCAUCGAUGGAGCAGAUCGUAUUGCGACAGAACAAAAACAAUAUCAAGCGUUAAACGACAGAAUUACCCAGACUUUGGCGACCAUUCAUUAUCCUCUCUUACACCAAUGGAAGGCGUCGCUUCUUCAAGAGCCGACCCUUAAUUCGUGCUGUCGCUCUAAAUUCAGUGAUGGAGCCGACAAAGUAUUAAAAGGAAGAAGCAAAAACUGCUGCCGCCAAGCUCUCUGGAAUCAUAAAAGUGUUGUGGUGGAUGGAGCAGAUAACAUGGUAGAUGCUCUCGGAAGACCGGACCUCCAACACUACGUUAUGUCUCUCAUUGAUUAUGUAUGACAAAGCAUUGAUUUUAUUACUAAGCAUCACCGCAUAUAUUUAUUCCAUAAUAUGUAAUACAAAGAC